AUGGCACAGUGUUAUCGUGUAGGGCAAUUUAUCAUCGGCAAAAAGCUAGGCGAGGGUGUUUGUGGAAAGUGUUAUCUUGCAUUCCACGAAACAACAGGUGUCAAAGUAGCAAUCAAAAUCAUCGACAAGUCAACGGUCACACAACACCCCGAAAUGAAACGCAAAAUCGAGCGUGAAAUCGCGUUUUUAAAAAUAGUGAACCACCAAAAUGUGAUGAAACUCUACACCGUCUAUGAAACCUCAAAAUAUCUCUUUUUGGUUAUGGAGCUGAUGGAAGGCGGGGAACUCUUCGAUUACAUAGCCGACAAGGGCUACCUUCCUGUAGACGAGGUUUUCAACUUUUUCAACCAAAUUAUUAAUGCCGUCGAGCACUUCCACUCAAGACAGAUUUGUCAUUGUGAUCUCAAGCCUGAAAAUAUGUUGUUAAGCAAAGAUAAGAAGAUUUUAAAAAUCGCAGACUUCGGGAUGUCCGCGUACAAUGGAUAUAACAAAUUGCGAGAAGGGUGUGGGUCCCCACAUUACGCCGCCCCAGAGGUUUCUAUGAAAAAGACAUAUGACGGGUGUAUUGCCGAUAUAUGGUCUUGUGGUGUUGUGUUAUAUGUGAUGGCGUUUGGUCUGAUGCCGUUCGAUGGUGACACGCUUGACGAGAUUCUUGCAAAAGUCCAAAAGGGGGUAUUUGAGUUUCCCUCCGAGCCCGUUGUCCCCGACUCUUUAAGAGAGUUGAUCAGUCGCCUUAUGACAAUUGACCCAACGAAAAGAAUAACUAUUCCUGAGAUCAGACAAUCGACAUUUUUCAAGUCGUUUAAAGCAGAGACCUAUGAAAUUCCACCAAUCGUCGACGAAGCGGGAGAACCAAUAACAAAAGUCGAUCCCAACAUCUUAACGACACUGUGUUAUUUAUUGAAUAACGUACACAUCGUCGAGAUUCGAGAAAGUCUCACGAAAAAGGAACCAAACACAAUUCGUGCAUUUUACAGACUUUUGGAACAACACAGGAAAAACAGCGAGGAGGAUCCAUUCACUUUUUCACGGAGUAGCCCCGGCCCACAAAGCCUCAAAAACACGAUUUUUGCCGUCCCGGGGUCAUCUCCAUCGACACAAUCAUUCUCGCCCGCUUUCACCGAAUUGUCGAAUUCGAAGAAACAACGAGCGAGCAUCCAGCACGUGAAAACGCCGAAGGGCGGACUUGGUGUUGUUCCCAUUCAAAUUGCGAACGAGGAUAUUGGCAUGUCGGCAAGUUUACGAUCACCACUGAUGUUCUCGAUGCCAAAACAAGCGGAGUGGGGACUUGUCGGGAACCAUGAUGUGCAAACAUCCGAAGAGGUAGAGUUGUAUUGCUCAGCGCAGAUGGCGAAGGAGAAGAUGGUGAAGGCGUGCAACGAGCUUGGGAUAGUUAAGAAAGAGAAUGAGAAGGGAGACUUUGAGUGUGAGUACAAAUACAUGGACGUGUCGGAUACUAAUGUCCUCUUCGAGGUCACAGUCAAGGAGAAAGAUAUCGACGACACAUCAUUUGGGUUUGGAGAGAUGACUACUGUUGUUUUCAAAUUUGAAAAGGGCGAUAUCAUGUCGUUCUCUGAUGUGUACAAUCUUAUUACUAAACUCAUAACCGACCCUGAUUAUUAA